CCAACGGGUUAUUGGGUCAGUGAGUUUCCGCCCGUGAAAGCAGCAGCAUCAGCGGCAUUAUGGCUUCUACCUGUUCAGGAUGUGGACCAGGAUAUAAAACCCCUCUGGAUGCCAUGAAAGGGCCUCGAGAAGAGAUAGUCUACCUGCCAUGCAUUUACCGCAACACCGACAUUCAGAAACCUGACUAUCUUGCAACUGUUGAUAUCAAUCCACAAUCUCCUAAUUUUUGCAAGGUGAUUCAUAGGCUGCCCAUGCCUAAUCUAAAGGAUGAGCUACACCAUUCUGGUUGGAAUGCCUGUAGCAGUUGUUAUGAUGAUCCCUCCAAAAGACGCAAUCGUCUCAUUCUGCCUUCCCUGAUGUCCUCCCGUAUCUAUGUCGUUGAUGUAGGGACGGAUCCACGGGCCCCACGGCUUCAUAAGAUAGUCGAGCCCAUAGAUCUGUUCUGGAAAUGCGGCCUUGCCAACCCCCACACUUCUCACUGCUUAGGCAGUGGCCAAAUCAUGAUCAGUACCAUGGGCGAUCCCUCUGGCAAUGGCAAGGGUGGUUUUGUGUUGUUGGAUGGCAAAACUUUCGAAGUCAUUGGCAACUGGGAGAAGCCAGGUGAAGCAGCACCGUUUGGUUAUGACUUCUGGUACCAGCCUCGCCACAACGUCAUGAUCAGCACUGAGUGGGGAGCUCCAAAAGCAUUGGGAAAUGGCUUCAACCCUGCAGAUGUCAAAACUGGUCAUUAUGGACAGCGCCUCCAUGUGUGGGACUGGACCACGCACAAGCGGAUACAGACUCUGGAUCUAGGGGAAGAGGGUGCUAUUCCUCUGGAGAUCCGAUUCCUGCACAACCCUGCUGCGGCUGAAGGAUUUGUGGGCUGUGCACUUCAGAGCACCAUCUUCCGCUUCUACAAGACUCCGAAACGGGACUGGGCAGCAGAGAAAGUGAUCCAAAUUCCAAGCAAAAAGGUGGAAGGUUGGGCUCUUCCUGAAAUGCCAGGUCUCAUUACUGAUAUCUUGAUCUCACUGGAUGAUCGCUUCCUGUACUUCAGUAACUGGUUGCAUGGAGACAUUCGACAGUAUGACAUCACUGACAGGAGGAAUCCACGUAUGGUUGGUCAGAUCUUCCUUGGGGGCAGCAUUUUGAAAGAUGGACCAGUGAAAGUAUUGGAGGACAAAGAACUGGAUAGCCAGCCAACCCCACGGAUACUGAAGGGAAAGCGAGUGCAGGGAGGCCCUCAGAUGCUCCAGCUAAGCUUGGAUGGAAGACGACUGUACGUCACCACCUCUUUAUACAGUGCCUGGGACAAGCAGUUCUACCCUGACCUUGUCAAGGAGGGGUCAGUCAUGAUGCAGAUUGACGUGGACACAGAUAAAGGCGGGCUGAAGCUCAACAAGAAUUUCCUUGUGGAUUUCGGAGCAGAACCAGAUGGUCCUGCACUUGCCCAUGAGCUCAGAUAUCCUGGUGGAGACUGCACUUCUGAUAUCUGGUUAUGAAAUUGGGGCCAAGCUAUUACGUUCCAAGGAGCAGAGCUAAUAUUCCCAUAUUUUCACAACUGAGUGGAGAUACAAUAUAUCAUCAGUAUCAUGUAUAAUCUACAUAUGGACUAAAUCCUUAAUCAUAUCAUGUCUAUUAGUGAUUAAAAGAGUAAAUCACUUCUCAAAUGUAAAAAUAUAUUUUUGUUGUCUUUAUAUGCUUUCUGCAUUUUUUUUUUUUUUAUAAAUAUUUUGUAUCCCAGUGAACUCAAAGGCUUUCUCAUUUGUUGUUGUAAGGGCUUUCUGAAUCAUUAGAAUUGCAAAGUAGAUUUUAAACACGUGUGCAAGUGCACCGAGUGAGUGCACAUAUUUUAAAGUAUCCUAUUAGGAAUACGUUCUAAAAUAAAGCAAUCAGUUAUGUUGUAUUACAGUGCUUAGAACCCUUCAAAGAACAAAAAACAAACACUUCCAGGAGUUACACCACUACUUAAGGUAGUUUUGUUUAUUGCCAUUGUAGUUCACAAGUAUGAAAAGUUGUCUCUCCAAGUCUGAAGACAGGGACAAAUAUUAUUUUAUAAGAAGUAUUAAUAAAAAGGUUUUUAUUUUUUCCCCUGUAAUAAUAAAUAACUACAGUACAACUAUAAAUAGGAAUGUCAAAUGGUUAAUAAAAAUUAACAUGCAUCAAA